AUGGCCCCUUCAAAUGCUCUGUGCAUGAUACAAUCAGAAGUUUCUCUUAUGCUAACUGCUUUGCGGUGUAGUCACAGGAGUUCUUUUAGGAUGUAUCAAGAUGAUAUUAAAAGGCCUCUGUUAUUGAGUUUUAACCAGUUAAGGUCUAUCCUAAAUGUGGCCAAAAGUGUUAAUGAACUGGAACCAUUGGUUUAUCUUACACCAUUCCUUGAGGUUAUCCGUUCAGAAGAUACAACAGGUCCGGUUACAGGUCUUGCAUUAACAGCUGUGGAUAAGUUUCUAUCCUAUGGACUUUUGGAAUUACCUUCUACUAAAUCAGACGAAUCAUCUUUAAAUAAAACUGGGUCGCUAAAUUCUAUCGGAUUAGCAGUCGAAGCGAUUGCCGAUGCAAGUACUCAAGCCCGCUUCGUGGGAACUGAUCCACGCUCUGCAGAGGUUGUGUUAAUGAAAGUGCUGCAUUUAUUACGGACAUUAUUACUCGUUCCUGCUGGAGCUCUCGUCUCAGAUCGAGCUAUUCGUGAGAUCCUACAGAGUUGUUUCCGCAUAUGUUUUGAACCAAAAUUGAGUGAAUUACUUAGAAGAACGGCUGAAUUGUGUUUGGCUUCCAUGAUUCAGUUAUUUUUCAGCCGUCUACCAACUCUAGUUGGAUUCAAAACAGAUCGAGUUGUGCAAAAACCAACUGUACAACUUGAAAAUUCAACAAUGCUUUCUCAACCUGAUACACACUCUGAUGAUUUACAAACAGUCGAUCCUCAACCACAACCAUAUACUAUUGAAACUGUAUGUGAAUUGUUGUCUAAUCUCAUACAUUCCCUUUCUCCUGAGCAUAAUAAAGAGAGUGUGAUUUCUAUUUCAUUAGGACUUAUUACAAUCGCACUAGAGACAGGGGCGGAUGCGAUAGCCAGUAGUCCACGAUUACUUCAUUUAGUUCGAGGUGAUUUAACCAAAUAUUUGAUGCUGUUAUUAUAUUCAGAAGACGUUUGGCAAUUUGCUGCUACUCUACGUGUAUGUUUCUUGCUGUUCGAAUCCAUGAGGAGUCAAUUGAAGUUACAAAUGGAGGUUUAUCUACAAAGAUUAACUGCUAUCAUUUCUUCAGAUAACGAAUCAACGGGUUAUGAACGACGUGAAAUUGCAUUGGAUUCAGUUGUUCGUUUAUUUCUCGUUCCUGGUUUAGCUGCAGAGCUUUACAUAAACUAUGAUUGUGAUCCAUAUUGUUCUAAUCUGUUUGAAGAUAUUACAAAAAUGUUAGCUAAAAAUGCUUUUCCUGUUGUACGUUUAAUGGGUACUCAUUUACUAGCAUUGGAUGCUCUAUUGGCUGUAUUGAACACUAUUGAAGUACAGUGCGGUGCAUCACAAACAACAAUAAUAGAUCAAAAUUCUUUGAACAAAUCUCCAAAUUCGACAAAUUGUUUACCAUUGAUCGAUAAAAGUAGCAAUAUUGAUAGUAAGUAUAGAGUACGACCUAAUCGUCAUUUUGUUGAUUUAACAAAACUGCCAUCUCGAGAAGAAUUAAACAUUUCCAAGUCCAAAAAGAAGUUAUUAAUAUUGGGUUCAGAUCAUUUUAAUACAAAACCGAAACGUGGUAUAGCAUUUUUACAAGAAAAUGAUAUUUUACAAAAACCAUUAAAUUAUGAUGAAUUAGCAUUGUUUCUUCGUGAAAAUCCACGUUUAGAAAAACGAAUGAUUGGUGAAUAUAUUAGUGAUCGUGAAAAUACUGAUGUGUUAACAGCAUUUGUUAGGCAGUUUAAUUUUGUUGGAGUUCCAAUCGAUGAAGCUUUACGUGUUUAUUUGGAAGCAUUUCGAUUACCUGGUGAAGCACCACUUAUUCAACGUAUAAUAGAACAUUUUGCAGAACAUUGGUAUACAUCAAAUCAAUCACCAUUUGUUGAUGUUGAUGCUGCUUUUACAUUAGCCUAUGCUAUUCUUAUGUUGAAUACAGAUCAGCAUAAUCCGAAUUCUAAGCGACAGAAUGCUCCAAUGCGUAUGGAAGAUUUUAAAAAGAAUUUAAGUGGCAUGAAUGGAAAUCAAGAUUUUGAUCCGAAACUCUUGGAAUCCAUUUACAAUAAUAUUCAUAAUCAUGAAAUUGUAAUGCCUAUUGAACAAACCGGUUUAGUUCGUGAGAAUUAUUUGUGGAAAUGCCUUUUACGUCGUUCAUCCACUAAACAAGCCCUGUUCAUUCAUGUACAAACUGGUGCAUUUGAUGCUGAUCUAUUCGAAUUAAUCUGGGGACCUACAGUAUCUGCUUUAUCGUUUAUAUUUGAUAAAACUAAUGAUCCUGAAGUACAAUCUAAAGCGAUUGAUGGAUUUAAUCGAUGUGCCACAAUAGCUGCUUAUUAUGGAAUGAGUGAUGUACUGGACAAUUUAGUUAUUUCUCUGUGUAAAUUUACAACUUUAUUAACUACUAACGAUAAUCCUACAAAUUUACCAAUUAUGCUUGGACGCAAUACAAAAGCUUGUUUAGCGCUUUAUUUAGUGUUUACAAUUUCAUCUAGACAUGCAGAUAUUUUACGUUAUGGGUGGCAUUCAUUAUUAGACUGUUUAUUACAAUUGUUUCGUGCAAAUCUUUUACCUAAUGAACUACUUGAAUCACAAGACUUUCUAGCAUCUUCUCGUAAAGUUUAUAUAACUACAAAAGGUUGUAUACCUAUAAAGAAGGAAUCAAAAAACUUACGUCAUUCACACAGACGCCGUCAAAAACCAUCCUGUCUACAAAACACUAACAAUAAUCGUGAAUUAGGUGUAUUCAGUUCAUUCUAUCAAUAUUUAACUACUGGAUCUUCAUGGAUUGGUUCUGGUGAUGAAGAAGACGAUGAAUUUAAAGAUGAUGAAAAUGAUAAUGAAGAUGAAAAUGAUGAGAUCAUUUUAAAUAAAGAUAUUGGAAUAUCUUCAUCACUUGAUUAUCAAUCAUUGAAGACGGUACAUCCUGAUGAAAGCAAAUUAUUCAAUAAUAAUUUAUUAAUUAAUCAAAGUCAUUUAUUAUCAUAUGUUAAUCGUAGUCAGUUAGAUGAACAAACAUCUUCACGGUUCGCUUCGGAUAUUGUUAUUCAAUGUCGUAUUGAUCAGUUGAUUGAAGAUAGUAAAUUCUUAGUUGACGCCUCAUUAACUGAACUAAUUAAGGCUCUCUUAUGUGCUACACGAGGAGAUUCGUAUACUACGCUUUCGCAUAAUUUUGAUUCUAAUUCCGUUUUCUCUGUGGAAGGUUUACAGCAUGAUAACACUCAUCUCUCAAAUCGAUCCGUACAAAGCUCAUGUUUAAAUAUUGAUUCAGGUUUAUCAUCAUCAUCAUUAGCACCAAUCGAUUCAAGUUCUUUACCUAGUACCACCUUGACAGAAACUGAAGUAUCGAAUAUGGGCGUUUCAUCUCAAGAUCAGAGUCAACAUAAUUCAACAAUGCACCUAUUUCCGCCUUCUUCUCCACCAACAUUAAUACAAUGGACUGGUAAUGGUAGUACAUCAUAUUAUUCACCAUUCAAUGUCACCGGUGUUACUUCGUCAGAUGAUUGUCGUGUAUUCUGUCUAGAACUACUUAUUCGUGUAUUAAUGCGUAAUCGUGAUCGGUUGGUAUGUUUCUGGUCAUUAGUCAGAUAUUACCUUGUUGAUUUACUGUUGUCUGCACGUUCUUCAAAUCUUCUUGUUGAAAGAGUGAUUGUCGGUUUCCUACGUCUAGCCAUCUGUUUAUUACGUCGACAUGAAGUAACCAGUCAAAUCUUUGCAACACUUUAUUGGUUAUUACUAAAUCAUGGUGAACAUCUUAUGUAUUCUGUUAAUCUGUCAUCAACAUCAUCACCACAAGCAAGUAUUUCUUCACCUAAAUUAUCGAAUUCACGUCAUACACAUAAAAAAUCUUCUACAUUCUUUGUUAACAAUAGUGGUGGUAGUACUUCAUCUUUAUUGUUAUUGUUUAAACAUGGUUCACGUGUUGCUCGACAAGUGAUUAGUGGUUUAACGGAUUUAUUAAGAAAUCAUGCUGCUGAUCUACCGGAUCCAACUACUGAUUGGAAACUUAUUUUUGGUUUACUAGAGAUAUGCGGAGCUGGUCGAAGAGGUAAUAUGCUUUUGACGGGUACAACAAUAGCGAAAUGUAACAGUGAAGAGAAGUUCUCAUAUUCUAGUUCAGAUAUUCCUCGAAAAAUGAGUUCAAAUCAUUAUUCAAAUCCUUAUAAAUCUAGUCGUGGUUAUACAAGCGAUAGUGAAACACAUCAUACUGUUCAUGAGGUUUCAGCAGUGACAAGUAAAUCAUCUUUACACUUAUCCAGUUCGAAGAUGUUUGUAUCCGGAAACGAUAGUGAACAAAUCCAUAAAAACUCAUCAUCAGAGGUGAUCGAACGGGUUGAGAAUGACACAACAGACGUUUCAGAGUCUUAUGAAGUAAUCCAUAAGGUUCCUACUAAAAUGGCACAAGUAACAUGGGAGAAAUCAUCACUUCUUAUAUCUCCUUUAGUUUUAAGUUACGAAGUAGUGAUUGGUUCACGCGAUCCAGUAACUUUAGAACAAGCUGUCGACUGUUUAGCAUUUUUAAUUCGUGAUCCAGCCCACAUUACACCAGAUAACUUUGAGUGUGCUGUUGAAGCAUUACGUGUUUUUGUUGAAGCUUGUAUUAAUUUACCUCCAAGAAACGCAAAUAAUCGAGUUUUAUCUUCAUAUGAUAAUAAUCUUAAAACGGAAUCAGGUCACCAUCGUCGUUCUGAUCAUUCAAAGUUUCCAACGAAUCGUCCCAAUUAUGCCUUAUCUGAUUCAGAUACGGAUACUGAACAACAUCUUGAGCAUGGAAAAUUGAAGACAUUUGAAAAAGGAGUGGUAUUUAGUGAAACUGUACUUAGUCCUAUUACUAGUGUCAUUGCUGUACAGCUUCUAGAUUUAAUUAACAUUUUGUUUACACGUGCAACUUCAAUAUACAGAGAAUGGACAAGAAUGAAUCCUGGUCAAUUGAAUCCAUCUAAUAUUGUAAAUGAUGAAUUAAUAAAUAUUCAACAAGAUAAUAUUGAAAUAUUGAAUACAAAUAUUGAUUCAAUUAAUUUAGAUCAUUUAUGGAAUAUUUGUUGGCGUCCAUUAUUACAAUCCACAGCUAGAUUAUGUUCAGAUAUACGUCGUGAUGUUAGAACAGAUGCAUUAACUUAUUUACAAAAAGCAUUAUUAUCUCCAACAUUACAUUUAUUAAAUGGAAAACAAUGGGAGAAUUGUUUUAAUGAAGUUUUAUUCCCUUUAUUAUCUGGUUUCUUAGAAAGUAUUACACUUGAAGAAGUGUUUACAACUAAUUCAAGAAAUUUACAUGAUAUUAAUCAUAAUAAUUAUAACACUGGAUAUGCUCAUCAUUUACAUGCUGUUGAAUUUGCUGAUCCACGUAUGCGUGCUAUUCCAUUAUUAACUAAAGUUUAUUUACAACAUCUUCGUCCAUUGUAUGAAUUAGAUACAUUUAAUACAUUAUGGAUACGUAUGCUUGCUUAUAUGGAACAAUAUAUGUUAGCUAGUAGUAAUUCGGAUUCAUUGACGGAUGCUGUACGUGAAUCAUUGAAGAAUGUUUUAUUAGUUAUGUGCACUGGAACACAUGAUAUCAAUCCAAUAUUAAUUAAAGAUUCUAAUCCAAAUUCAAAUUCAGCUAUUUUAUGGGAAUUAACUGAAAAACAUUUAUCUAGUUUUCUUCCUGAAUUAUUAGAACAAUUAUUUCCAAAUAAUUCACCGGAAACAAAUAAGAAAAAUGUUAUUACUAAUUCAAAUGAUCCAUCGGUUAUAACUGGAUCUGAUGAUGAACUCAUUCAUGAAUCGUCUAUGAAUGAUGAUAAUAUAAAUGCAGCUAAUCAAGUUUUAUAUGCACCAACGUCAGAGUCGACUACUGAAACUAAAUUACAUAAUGACGUCAAUGAUUCCGAUACUUCUAUAAUGGUGGAACAGUGUUCAAAUCAUGACACGAAUAAAUCAUCAGUGGAAUUAUCUGAAAUAACAACAUCAAAGCAAAAUAUUUCAACAGUCUACAAUUUAUAAGAAACGAAGUCAAUAAUUAUCCCCAAUGUAUAUGAGGUGUUCGUAUAUUCACUUUUUAUUCCCUUGUGUAUACAGCCAAGUCUUUCUAUCCUUAAAUAAAAUCAAUAUUUUUGUAUACAUCAAAAAUAUAUGAUUAUUGACUACUAAUAAGAAAAUAUAAAGUAGUAUAAAUAUCAUAGAAACAAUUUCAUUUUUAUUAUUCCAAGUUAUGAUUGUGCUAGUUAUUUCUUCUCUUUCUCUCUCUCUCUCUGUCUCUGUUUUAUUCAUUCACAUGAUUAUGAUCUAUUCAACGGAUAGUUUUGAUUUGAAUGUCAUAGUGUUUUUUAUCUUAUAUAUUUGAAGAAAUCAUUUGUAUAUUGGAGAAUGGAUAUCAUACACAUCUUGUAUACACAUACACACACACAUACACACAACACAUAAAAACCGACACGUAUAUUUUUCCGUGACUACUAUCACUACUAUUGUACAAAUACUUUAUAGUAUAGUUAAUUAUUUAAUUUUUUUAUUAUGAUCCUUUCCAUCAUUGUUUUCUUUUCUUUUUUUUUGUUUGUUUGUUUUCUAAAUUGUUCCAUUGAUGAAAUCAAUUUGAAAAUAACAAAAAUUAUCUACCAUUCUAUUUUGUCAUUCAUAAGAACUAUUCAAGUAGAAUAUCUGGAAAUCAUCGAGAUAUGGUAGAGAAGAUUUGUAAGUCAACGGAAUGAGUUUAAUCGAAAAAAAAAAGAAACUAACUGAAAGUAACUAGUUGUAAACAAUUGGAAUAAUAUAGAUUUUUAUAACAGUAUCCUUAACUGUACAAUACAACGAAAUAAACAAAUACAAAAUAAUUCGAUUGUAGCUUAUCUGUUAUGUUGUG